AUGGCCUCCCGCGAGGCUGGAGCCCGUGGGGGCUCUCGUCUGGCGGACAGAGAGUCCUCCUCGAAAGGCGUGGCGCCCAAGAAGGUCCUCGAGAUGAUGAAGGAGGCCACUGGCGCGUCAGACGAAGACAUCUGUGUUAUGCUCCAGCUUUGCGGCGGGGACGCUAACGAGGCCACAGAAAAGCUGCUGGAGAAUCCAUUUGAGCGCGUCAAGACCAAGCAGGAGAAGCGGAAAGAGUGGCCGGCCGGGGCGCGGGCGGGCGCGGCGGCCGUGGCGGCGGUGCCGCUGCCCAUGCCUCCAACGGGACGGCCGCAGCUGCGGAGUCAACGUGAGCGCGACUGUUACGACUAG